UUGGUGAUAACCAUGGACAUGUGCCCAAAAACACGGUGGCUGGUGGCGACCAGUGCACUAUUCCUCGUCGCGGUUUGUCGGUCCGUGGAUGCCACUGGCUGUCUGAAGCAGGACACUCCUCAGUUCUGCUCGCCCCUGAUCAUCGGUCACGGCGGCGCCAGCGGAUACGUCCCAGAACACACCCUGGGCUCCUACGCGCUGGCAGUGACCCUCGGCGCGGACUACGUGGAGCCGGACCUGGUCAUCACCCGCGACCACCAGCUCAUCGCGCGCCACGAGAACGACAUCUCCGCCACCACCGACGUGGCCGAGCGCGCCGAGUUCGCGCCGCGCCGCGCCACCAAGACCAUCGACGGCAAGCAGGUCACGGGCUGGUUCACCGAGGACUUCACCCUCGACGAGAUCAAGAGCCUGCGCGCGAGGGAGCGCAUCCCCGAGACCCGCCCCGGCAACGCGCGCCUGGACGGGGCCUUCCAGGUGCCCACGCUGCAGGAGAUCAUCGACCUCGUGCAGAGCCUGCAAGUGAGCCAGCGCAGAGUCAUUGGGGUGUACCCGGAGAUCAAGCACAGCACGUACUUCAAGCGCCUGGGGCUGCCCAUGGAGCAGCUCGUGGCGGACGUGCUGCACAAGAACGGCUACGUCGGCCCCGAGGCGGCGGUCUUCAUACAGUCCUUCGAGAUAGACAACUUGAAGGAGCUGAGGAACAUGACGGAGCUGCGCCUGCUGCAGCUGCUGGACAGCCCAGAGAUGCGUCCGGCCGACCAGGAUCACGAAACUGGAAUCACGUACGCGGAGAUGGCAACCCGCAAAGGUCUGCAGGCGGUGGGGCAGUAUGCUUCUGCCGUGGGGCCAGAAAAAAGCUACGUAAUCCCUUUGGAUGCGGAGGGGCGGCUGCUGUCUCCGACCAGCUUCGUGCGAGACGCCCACGACGCGGGGCUCAAGGUGCACCCCUACACAUUCCGUCGGGAGGACAUGUUUCUUCCACUGCAGUUCCGCAGCGGAGACGCCAUGGGUGACAUGGCCGGGGAGCUGCGAGCCUUCGUGGACGCCGGCGUCGACGGACUGUUCACGGACCAGCCCGACGUGGCGGCGCGGCUAAGAGGACCCUGCCUGUAGAGCUAUGUUCACGUG